AUGAGCCCUUUGCCAUCGACUGAUGAACAGCUCAAUGAGAGACUUCGGGAGACGAGUGAAAAGAGUGGUCGAAACGCAUGUCAAGCGAACGCGUCAUCAGUUUUCCAGUCCAUCAAAACAUUGUCUGUGAGUCAGUGUUGUGUCGGCUCUUCUCAUAUCGCACUUCUUCUUGAGGACGGACGCAUUUGUCGGGUCUCUUAUUCAGUACUUACCGAUCGGUUGGAUUUGUCGACCACUGAGUCAUCAAAAAUCGUUAAUCUGAAAGGAAGUAUUGGUAGUCAUGUGUCGAGUCUGGCCUCCAAUCAGCGGUCAAGUCCUGCGGCCCGAAGAGGGCGUAUACUGCGGACGUCGAGCAACGGGAGAGGUCGGGGCGGCGCCAGCGUUAUAAUGGGUGGACGGCCUGUAGUUCCGGCGCCCUUUGUUCCCGAAGAUCUGGUAACUCAGGCACAGGUUGUACUUCAGGGCAAAUCACGAAACCUGAUAAUCCGUGAACUGCAACGAACCAAUUUGGACGUCAAUCUCGCCGUUAAUAACCUCUUGAGUCGCGACGACGAGGACGCGGACGAUAUGGACGACAGUCAAGAGUCAUAUCUGCCGAGCGAUGACCUGAUGUCGCUAUUGGACGCCGGCAUUCACAACGAUCACGCGUCUGUCAUCAUUGACGCCGACGCCGUCUUUCCCGACGAUGUUUUCAGCUACUCAUCCAUAAGAGUUCGCUCGAGUGCUGCCAAUCGUCUGUCGGCCAGAACGGGAUCGUCUACUGUUGAGAGAGAGCGUGAGUCGAGUGCUGUUGAACGAGAUAUGUUACGAUUUGCAUCCGAGCGACAGUACCCCACAUCCAGUGCCUCGUCUUCGCGGCGAUGGCUUGAAUAUGCGUUACGAGAUUCGGGCUCUGCUUCGGAUCCAUCGAAAUGUGCGGUCACUUCUGCACCGCCCGACUCUAUCCCCACAACUCGUAAGCGUACGGACAGCUCUCAAUUGAACCCAAUCUAUGUUAGCGAACAAUUGGAGUACUGGCCGUCUGGAGACAAGAGAUUUACGCAAAUGGCUUCUUUGUAUUCGGAAUUAACGGCUAUUACAAGCACUGGACAGUUAUGUCAAUGGAAGUGGAAUGAAAGCGAGCCCUUCCGGUCUCAAACAAUUGAUGGCAUUUCUUACUUUCAUCCAAAAGUUCCAGUUUUGGGUCUCUUAACCGAAAAGAUUAUACAUUUGUCGGGCACUUGUAUUCGAGGAUCAGUGGCCACAGACAACUGCAAAGUGGCCACAUUUAUGGACGAUAGCGUGUCUCCCAUUUCCAGUAAAUUGGAGCACAGUUUGGUCUCAUUGCCCGAUACUGUGAGCAGUGACACCAAAAUAAUCUCUAUACACGUCUCGUCACUACUGUCUUGCGUAAGACUGGAUACCGGAGCGAUGUAUUGGUGGGGAAUCGCUCCCUAUUCUCACCGCAAGAAGUUAUGGGAAAAAGUGAGAGCAAAGACUAAAAAGCAGAGACAGAGCUCAUCUUCGAUAUCGAAUGAUAUUAUAACUGGCGCUCAGGUGUGUCUCCGAAACAGUCCGUCAUAUAAUUCCGGUGCCAUUGGGUUCACAACUAGUGGAGGCGUUCCCAAAGUGGGCCAACUAUUGUCUUCGGCGUGGAAUAUAACCGAUUCGUGUGCUUUCAAAAUCUUGAAUACAAUUGAAUUUAAGAGAAGUACAAGCAAUCAAAUCUCGUUUGCGGCGACCACUGCCUCCACAUCAUGUGUGGUGCGGAAUAGCGAGGCAGCCAUUAAAGAACAACAGCCUCCGAGUCCCAGUCUGUCGAAAGCGUCGUCAACCGAGCGCCUAGAGAUGCCUCCACCGCCUUCGCCCGCCUCCUCCACCUGUUCAGAGCCGGGUUGUAGUCCUUUACCCAAACGCUCAAAGCCUAGACAUAACAAUAGCAGUAAUAAUGUGUUAAACAGUAAUGAAUUCGAGAAAAUAGAAGAGAAUUGGAAUUUAAAAGACGUUAUAUUUGUUGAAGACGUUAAGAAUGUACCGAUUGGUCGCAUAUUGAAAAUCGAUGGCAAUUACGCGGCCGUGAAGUUCAAUACAGGCCGUGAACACAGUUACCAAUCGGACGGCAGUGAUGUCCAGUCGUUAUUACAAGAGUGUCGUCUUUUGCGCAAAGAUGAGCUCCAACUCGUCAAAGGGAGCACUUGUGCCAAAGUGUUUGACUGUUUUCAACGCUUGCCUAAAAAAGUACACAUUCCUGACAGCACUCAUAUCAUUGCAAUGAAUGUCAGUAAUGUUGGAAUUCAUGCUAUCGUCAAGAGUGGCACAAAACUCAAUUAUGUUGUCUUUAACAUUACGUCCGGUCGCGUCGAACAGGAGAGCCGUUUCCCUACAGACACGUCCGCCUUCUUGGGUCAGGACAUGUCACUCAUAUCGUUGCACUGUUUCGGCGAGAAUGAGAUCAUAACAAUAGUACGGGACGGCAACGGAGCCGUAUAUCCAUUGGCUAAAGAUUGUUGCGAUUCUAUUCGAGAUCCCAUUUCACUGGACAUGCCUCCCGCUCAGGCCAUCGGAAUUGGUAUUCACCCGAUACGGGACUCUAUUCCCAAUCAAAAAAAUCAAGUGGCGGUUAUUGUGUUAGCGCUUGAGAAUCAAUUACUCACUCCCGCUAUACUUAGAAGUGAUCCCGAUUUGGUUCGACUCACUCUGGCGUCGCUCGAGAAAGAGUCUGUCUCUCAACAGGUAGUGGUCAGUGAGCGCUGUGACGGCAAUCGUAAUAUCAUUCAUAUGGCUGUUUGCGCCUGUUUUCCCACUUCUAACAAGACAUAUGACUCAACUCCCGCCGAAGACUCCAACGUUGAAUCAUUUGACGCCCGAAACUCUUCUCUUCAAGACGUGAUGAGAAGAGCGUCCAAAUCAGUGUCCGGCAGAGCGAACCCUAACAGUGAGAGAAACGACGAAUUACGGGAAAGAAGUAUUGAGCCGUCGGCUGACAGCUGUGACUCAGAGUCGAACGCACCCAUAGCUAUGAUCUAUUAUCCACCAGAAGUGAGUUCGGUCUCCAAUGAGCCACUUCUCGAUCCAACAGAACAGAAACCGAUCGCUCACUCGAUUCUAUGGACUUUAUUAGACUCAGCAGUUUUGCGGCCAUUCAUGAAAGAGUUGUUGAGUUCUAAGGAUUCACAGGGAUAUACGCCAUUCAUGUUGGCUGUUAGCGGUCGGGCCUACUCUGCCGCCAAUCAUGUCAUGACAAUGGCUUUAAAGUUAGCGCAAAGGUCUUCAACUGACGCCGAAGUUCAACAAAAAGUAUUGAUGUCUAUGUUAUACCCUCGAGGCUCCAAUCCGGACGACUCUCCCCUCCACCUGCUGUGUUGUAACGACACGUGCAGUUUCACGUGGACUGGCGCUGAACACAUCAAUCAGGAUAUAUUUGAAUGCAAGACAUGUGGUCUCAUCGGUUCGCUGUGCUGUUGCACAGAAUGCGCGCGAGUCUGCCAUAAGGGCCACGACUGCAAACUCAAGCGCACGUCUCCCACAGCUUAUUGCGAUUGUUGGGAGAAAUGCAAGUGUAAGGCACUGAUCAGCGGA